AUGCAUAAGAAGAAUCAAGAAGUCGGGUUUAUUUUGCUCUUUUUACUUAUAAAUAGUGUACUAAGUUCUAGUAAUGUUGAUAAAUGUAUAGAUUAUUAUAAGAGUGAUGAAGAUUUUGAUAUAACAACACUACAAGGCGUUCGGUACACAGUAUAUUUCUGGCCUCCAAAUCAAAGACAGAGGGAUAGAUGUGAGGUGACGAAUUUCAAAAUAUUAUCUGAUGAGGAGACAAAUAGUGCUAACAAUGAAUGUAGUGAAUUAAAUUUAGGCAACGAGACUGUUUUACAAUCAUCGUACGUAAAUAGUGCUAAUAAAUCUGUGAAGUUACUUUUCUACGGAACGGGAGCAGUGAAGAAUUUGUAUCGUAAUUGUGGGCGGAUAUGGAAGUAUAUUUUUAGAAGAAUCAAUGAUGAUUAUGUGAUGGGCAUAAAUUGUUCUUCUGGUGGAAGAGGAGUGUUACUGUCCAAAGUAUUACCGACUACAUCUGAAGUUAAUGCAGUAGUUUCAGGCAUCGAAAUAAUGUCAGGCCGAGAAGGAAGUCUGGAUUGUAAUCUAUCGCCGCGAUAG